AUGCACGUCGAAAACAGCAUCGAAGAGGUGGAGCGGAAGGGCCAGGACCUGAACCAGGAUGCUUCUGUUGCCGACCCUCACAAUCCUCUCACUUGGAGUGUAUGGCGCAAGCUCACCCUCCUUCUCGUCGUCGGCAUAUGGAUCUUACUGGGCACGUCCAACAUCAUCAUCAUUGCACCAGCGAUUCAGACCAUCCCGGUGGAGUUUCAUUCCUCAUUUGACAGCUCCACCUACAUGGUCGGGGGUCCUCUCCUGGCUUACGGCAUCUCCUCCUUCCUGUGGGUGCCGGUGGCGAACAGGUACGGGGUCAGACUGGUCUUCGUGCUCGCUGCUCUCGCUGCCGGAUGCAUGGACUGCUGGGCCGCCAAAGCGACCUCGUUCGGCAGCCUCGUCGCUGCAAGGACACUCGCUUCUUUCUUCUACGCCCCGCCGGAGACAUUAGGCCCUCAGUUGGUCGGUGAUGUGUUCCAUCUAAAAGACCGGGCCAAGGCCAUGACAUGGAUCGGGAUCUUGCAAGCCAGCGGAUUUUCCGGAGGACCGCUUGUUGGGGCCUUUAUCAUCCAAGACCAAACCCUUGGCUGGCGCUGGGUUGAAUGGAUACUAGCGAUCAUCACCUUCGCGACUGCGGUCCUCAUGCUUUUGUUCGUCCCGGAGACGCAGUAUACAGGAAAUCCAGCGGCAGGAGCUUCGACAAGAUCAUGGAAAGAUGACCUCCGGUUCUGGUCGGUCAGUGGUGGCGGAACACCCAAAGAACGCGGUGUUGCUCAUGGACUCUUGACCAUUCUACCAUACUUCGGCCAUCCGAUCGUCAUUCUGAACACGGUGUUCUUCUCGCUCACUCUGCUGGUCACGACCUACACCCUGACCACCCAAUCCAUCACCUACCUGACCGUGUAUCCGUUCUCGAUCGGGAACUCGGGGCUUACCUUCCUCGCACCGCUGAUCGGGACGUGGGGAGCCAUGCUGUUCUGCGGCGUGCUCGCCGACCGUCUCUUUCUUCGUCUAGCACGAAAGGAGCGACACAAGCCACAGCCGGAACGCCGUCUGCCGCUUCUCAUCGUCACCGGCGUGGUCGGAAUAGCGGGAUCCCUCCUGUUCGGCAUCUGCACGCAGGAGAAAUGUCAUUGGGUGGCCCCACUGUUUGGGUCCUGCUUUGUGAGCUUCUGCUUCAUCUCCUCCCUGAGCAUCUCCUUCGCAUACCUUCUUGACGUGUACGAAGCCAAGAUGGAUACCGUCAUGGUGAUUGACAACGGCAUGAAGAACCUCGCGGCAUUUGGAAUCAGCUACGCCAUUGUCCCGUGGAACACAAGCGCCGGGUAUUCGGUGCCCUUUGUGGUCAUGGCGGCGAUCCUGCUGGUCGCACACUUGCUGAUGGCGUUGGUAUACCUCAGAGGCAAGCAGAUGAGGGAAUGGACGGUGCGAAAGUUCACCACGACUGGGCCUGUGCAUCAUGGAGACGCCUUCUGA